CAACGUCGUUUCAUCGACUUGAACCAGAAGCUCAACGCCCUCAGAAGUAAAGUGCUCACUCGCGGCCCCGUGAGCUACAGCUCUGGGUCGGGAUUCAUCAACCUACAAUACAUAGACCCGAAAAUGCUGGAACGGUGCUUCGGGCCGCAGCAGCUAUGGCACAUCAAGCGAGUCCUCCGUAACGGGAAAGUAACGCUCAUCUGCCUGGUGCUAACGAUCCUCGUCAUCCGUGCCAACAUCGGCGCCGGGAGGUUCGGGACCCCGGAGCAAGACCUCGAAGAGUUCCGCGAGCACUUCUUCAACUCCUCCAGCCGCCGCGUCCUCGAGGAGGCCGUAACAACAACCAAUGCCGCCGCCGCCGCCGCCUCUGAUGCGGCGUCGGAGUACAGCUACGCCAACGCCGACAUGACGAAGAUUUGGGCGGACGAAGGCGAGGACGAAAAACCCAAGAGUUACAGCGAGGCUUACACCCUGGGACCCCAGAUACUUGACUGGGACGAGCAGAGAGCCGGGUGGCUGGAAAAAAAUCCUGAUUUUCCCAACUUCGUGGGACCCAACAAGCCUCGGGUCUUGUUGGUUACCGGGUCCUCGCCGAAACCGUGUGAAAACCCGUUCGGUGAUCAUUACCUGGUGAAGUCGAUCAAGAACAAGAUGGAUUACGCGAGGGUUCACGGGAUCGAGGUGUUUUACAACUUUGCUUUGUUCGACGCGGAAAUGACGGGGUUUUGGGCUAAGCUCCCGUUGAUCCGGAACCUCUUGCUGGCUCACCCGGAGGUAGAGUUCCUGUGGUGGAUGGAUAGCGAUGCCAUGUUUACCGAUAUGGCGUUCGAGAUCCCGUGGGAGAGGUACGAGGAUCACAACUUCGUGUUGCACGGCUGGGAGGUGAUGGUGUACGACUGGCAUAGCUGGGUUGGGUUGAACACGGGUAGUUUCUUGCUGAGGAACUGUCAGUGGUCGUUGGACAUUCUUGACGUUUGGGCCCCAAUGGGUCCCAAGGCGGUUAGGGAAGAGGCUGGGAGGUUACUCACGCGGGAGCUUAAAGAUCGGCCAGUUUUCGAAGCCGAUGACCAGUCUGCCAUGGUUUAUAUACUCGCGACGCAGAAGGAGAAAUGGGGUGACAAGGUGUAUAUCGAGAGCAAGUACCAUUUGCACGGUUACUGGGGCGUUCUGGUCGACAGGUACGAAGAGAUGAUCGAGAGUUACCAUCCCGGUCUCGGGGACGAUAGGUGGCCGCUUGUGACUCACUUCGUCGGGUGCAAGCCGUGCGGGAAGUUCGGGGAUUAUUCGGUGGAGAGGUGUUUGAAGCAGAUGGACCGCGCUUUCAACUUCGGGGACAACCAAAUCAUGCAGAUGUACGGGUUUACGCACAAUACGCUCGAGAGCAGGAGGGUGAAGAGAACGAGAAACAAAACAACCAACCCUCUCGAGAUCAAGGAUGAGCUUGGUUUACUUCACUCAAAAUUCAAAGCUACUAGGGUGUCGACUCCUUGAAGGAAAAAUGGAGGUAUUGCAACAUCGAAAUCAAACAUACAGGUGCCUUUACACUAUAUCAUAAUUCUUUGUUCUCAGUUUUUUGAGUUGUAUGAAUGUUCUUUUGUAGUACUUUGGACUUUGGUACUAUUUGUAUUACUCGUUUAUAUCAUUCCCUUUGAUCAGUCUUUAAAAUUACUUCGAUUUUGAAUGGAAAGCAAAUUCUAAUGUUUAGAAAUCGUUAAAA